UACACCCCGGCGGAGCCGAGUCUGGAAGGGACGCGCCACACCAGCACUCCGCAGACCCCGACCCCCAGGCUCCGCCUCCGCGCCAUGGCCGCGCCGGGACCCCGCGCCUUACGGGCUGCGCUCUGUGGCGGCUGCUGCUGCCUCCUCCUGUGUGCCCAGCUUGUUGUAGCUGGUAAAGGAGCUCGAGGGUUUGGGCGGGGAGCCCUUCUCCGCAUGAACAUCUGGCCAGCUGUCCGAGGGGCCUGCAAACAGCUGAAGCUCUGUGAGCAUUGUGUGGAGGGGAACAGAGCACACAACCUCACUGGCUGUGUGUGGGAGCAGUGUCAGCCGGAGGAGCCAGGACACUGUGUGGCCCAAGCUGAGGUGGUCAAGGAAGGUUGCUCUGUCUACAACCGCUCAGAGUCAUGUCCAGCUGUGCACCACCAUCCCACUUAUGAACCGAAGACCAUCACAACAGAGAGCCCUUCGGUCCCUGAGGCCCACGGCCCUGGCUUUGAUGGGGCCAGCUUCAUUGGUGGCGCCGUGCUGGUGCUGAGCCUGCAGACAGUGGCCUUCUUUGUCUUGCGCUUCCUCAAGGCCAAGGACAGCACCUACCAGACACUAAUCUGACCCCCUUCAGGCCUGGAUUCCACACUCAGGGGAAAAAGGAUGAAGAGGCUGCCCUCUUGACCCGCUUGUGGGCACUAGGGGUGGGAGAAACUGUGGUCACCAAAUUCUGGCCCCUGUGGGCACCGAGCAGGCUUGGUGCCCAAUACCUGACAUCCCCUCCUGUCUGGGCCUGGUACCUGCGGAUGAGAGCAUCCUUCAACCACCUUCUGUCUCAUCCAUCAUCCCUGUGGGGCCCCCUGCCUGGUACUAGGUCUGGAGCCUGCCUCCUCCCAUCAACCUGGCCUGGACACUGCCCCCAAAUAA